AUGGACAGACCCCGACAGAGGAGCAGGAGGCGGAGUCCUGAGCUCCGGCCCCUUCCUCCGCUCUCCUUCCCCCAGACACAAGCACCACAUUCAGCUGAGGAGGAAGCGGAGCAGACACACUCUGCGGACGCACAACACACACUCCUCUCCGCGGCCUUCUCCACUUCUUGUUCUUUUGUUUGGAAGUCGCUGUGUCUCCCUGCGGCUGUGUCUACUGCAGCUGUGCACAUCUGGCCGCCACAGGAAGUGCAGGCAGCCGGGUGGGGAGCAGUCAUGUCGCCCCCGGCCCCUCAGUCCGUGCUCAGGGCUCACAUGCUCCGCUUCAUCAGGAGCUUCCUGGGAAUCUUACGGCUUCUGCAGAUCGCUUUCGGAGCCGGACUCUGGGUCACCAUCGCCGCCAACAAAUACGAAGGCUCCAUCCACUUUGUGCUGUUGGUGGCCGUGCUGUUCUGGCUCCUGACGCUCGGCCUCUUCUUCCUCACGCUGUUGGACAAGCAGGAGCUGGUGCCGGUGGUGGGGGGCCCGCGGUGGCUGCUGGCCAACCUGGCUCAGGACGUAGCGGCGGCCCUGCUGUACCUGCCGGCCAUCGGAGUCAUGAUCUACAAGACGGAGCGCAACGCCUACUGCAACCUGGACCAGUACCAGCACCCGUGUCUGUACAAGGUGUACCUGGGGGCCGCCGUGUUCGCCGGACUGGCCUGCCUCAGCUACCUGGGGUCGCUGGUCUACUGCGCCUGGAGGAAGUGCCGAGGGGCCCACACGGUCAUCUGA